AUGCUUCUCUCCCAAGGCUACGCCAUGUUUUUGUGCUGGCAAUCAGGCAAUAUCCCACUCGAAGCCAUUUGGGGCAUCGGUGUUCCCUUGCUAUUUGGCGGAGGCAGGAGUGUUGCUAAAGCUAUGGUAUUUGCCAUCAUCGCGGAUAUUGUACCCGGAGACAAGCGAUCAACGUGGCUUCAGUGGGUUGUCGCAUCUGUUCUCGGCGCCCAGCUUGUUGGGCCUGUGUUAUCAGGAAAGCUUGUCCAGUCCUCAUCUAUAUGGGUGCCGCUCUUCUUAUCCUUGAGUUUGAUAUCUGCUGGUGGUUUUAUUCUCAUCGUAUUUACACCGGAGGCAUUGAAGCAAACACAGCCUUGGGUCGAUUGUAUCACAAGCAUUGAUCCGUAUACCUACGGUAUCGAGUUGGACAACCUCAACUUUGAGCUGCCCGAGAAAGCGUCAGCACUGGCCACAGCCAAGUCGAUAUUUUCCAGGCCUCUUUUCUGGCUUCUACCAGGUGCUGUCAUGACGAUGCCACUGGCUACCACACAAACAGAAAUCAUCAUCCGCUUGAUGCCGAUACAGUUCGACUGGCCCCUCCAUCGAUCUGUACUUAUUGCGUCUCUACAAAGCCUUGUCACGCUGCUCACCCUGUGCAUAUUACUACCUGUCAUCACUUACACAUGGACCAGAUUCUCUCGCUCGUCAGCUCAUUUCCGGUACUUCAUCCUGGCUCGUUCAAGUUCCCUUUUGUUUUUCGCCGGCUGUCUCUGCAUGAUGAUGGUCACAGAUGAAUCUUUUGUUAUUGCCGGUCUGACCAUCGCGGCUCUCGGCUCUGGUCUACCUACGCUGUGCCGCGCAAUGCUAGUUGGAAUGGUAGACAAAGGACGUACUGGGACUCUAUUUAGAAUGCUGGCAGUUGGAGAGAUCUUGUGGUUCCUCAUCUUUGAGACAAGCAUGGGGGCAUUGUUUGGGCUUGGCUUGAGGUCGUGGAUUGGGCUGCCGUUUUGUCUGGCAAUAGCCGCCGCUUUCUUGAUAGCUCUGACAGCUUCACUGGCCCCGGCGAGGUUGCUGACGGCUGGUGAUACACAAAUAUGCAUGGUGUGGAGUGAAAUCGUGCUUAUAUCAGUGUACAAGAAUAAAUUCAAAAGCCACAAGAAUUCCCAACACUGCACAUGUGGUUACCCUGGAACGUCUCACAACACAACAUUCACAUGCGUCUUGUCCUGUUGCUGA